AUGUCGCAGAGCAGGUGGCAGUUCAUCGACUCAUCGAAAAACAGUGCGGACAACCUGACUCAAGUGAAGCGCCAUGUGAUGCAGGAGUAUAUGCGGCAGAAGCGCCUGGAGAACAAGCACGAAGACAGCGGGCAGGUCGGCACAAAGAAACGGUCACGAGCCAAAAAGACGAAGGUGCAGCCUCAGGCACGCGCUGCCGGGGAAGGAGCAUACUUCAACUUCAACCUGACAUCGUCGCCGCGGACCAUACUCAGUGCCGCCAGAACGGACCCCUUUGACGCCCUGCCGUGGCAGGCCUCCAAGGAGGACCAGCGUCUUUUUGACUUCUACGUGCAUGAAAUGCCGGCAUGUUCUUAUGGACACCAUUUUCGUACCAAGAAAGCCCACAACUGGUACACUGAAGUCUUCGUCCCCGAGGCCAUGAAAGGCGCCCUGACCUUUGUUAACACGAUCCUGGUCCAUGGCGCCAACACCUGGGCCUGGGUUCGCAAUGAAACUGAAACCGAGAGCACUCUGCGCUAUCGACAGCUCGGUAUUUCAAUGCUCCGCGACCACACCCAGAAACACCCUCAUGAUAUGACCGACAAUGUUAUCACUGCCUGCAUGAGCGCUGCGGCCCUCGAGGACUUCGAUCCUCGACCAGGGCAUAAGGAAAUUAGCUGGAUUCACAUGCGACAAGCCCAAAGAUUGAUCCGACGUCGCGGUGGCCCUGCAGCUUUUCAGAACACCACAUUGGCAAGGCUCAUCAACUGGCAAGAUUAUAUUUUGGCCGGCUACGUAUCAGAUCCAGACGGGUUCUACUUUGAAAACAACCAUCGCUUCCCCUCCGACGCAGCCAGACCGUCUCCGAACACCUGUCUCCCUUCGCCUCCCAAUUCGGCAUCCCCAGCUACCUCAGAUCGCACCCCUUCGCCUACCCGCUUUUCGUUUACAAAUACGCCCGAGCAAGAGAUAGCACUGCAGUGCGAAGAGUUCCUCGAUUUUCUAGGGCGCUGUGAACGUCUAGCCCUGAGCCAACGAAUGGCGCUCCCACCAAACAAUGCAAGUGUUCGUCACACUGGCUUCGGGCCUGCGUCGCCUCUUCACCAUAUAUUAAUAUCCCCAGCGGAGAAGCGACGAACAGUAACUGGGGACCGGAAGCAAUUUAUUGCUCGACUAGCGGCCCUCUUGAUGCUGAAUGCAGCCAUGUGGGAUUAUCGAUUGUCUGUCCGCAAGACCGAGGCGUUCUUAGCGUAUUCAAUACACCAGCUUCAGGAAAGCGAGGUCAACGUGGGUUCCUCGAUAGAGGCACUAUUACAGAUUCUUCUUGCAUGCAAGGACUUCCCUUUGGAUGAAAAUCUGUCGCCUGUCCUGCAUCCGGUUUCUCAAUCUCCGGCCAUCCCGGACCUCGCCGAUUUCUCACAAUAUUCCGACACCGCAACGUCUCCAUUUGCCCGGCCGUGGUUCGUCGGCCGUAUGCUCAAAGUCGCAAAGCGCCUCGGACUCCAAACCUGGCUUCGUCUCAACAAUUUUCUGUUCGAAUGCCUGACGCUCCAGGUUCAAGAGCAUACCAUGCUUUCUUGGGGACCUCAUCUGCGAUUCGAAAUCCUGCAAGCUCCUCUGACAAGCUACGUUAUGCCUGCUUUACAAGAGGCUGUCUUUCUAGGAGUAUAA